CUCAAGAAUAGUCGCGGUCCGGUGUCAGAGGAACUUUGCCUCCUUUUAUACCUAUAGAUAUAUAUAUAUCACACAUAAAUAUAUAUAUUUAUAUAGAUAUAUAUAUACCUACAUAUAUAUAUUUAUAUAUAUGUAUAUAUGUAUACACUACGAAAGUUGGAUCUCCUUCUUCUUGCUCUUAUUCUUGGGAAUAAGAUUGCGGAGUGCUAAAGAUUUAAACAAUUGAGUCCACGCGAGUCUCUAACGAUACAACUCGGGACCCGCGUUUGUUUUUUUAUUUUAUCCUGAUUACGCAUACGUCAAUCAAUCACUGCUGUUUAAAGUCAACCGAUCGCCGCGCGCUUUAAUUUUUGGUGUUAAUUUUUAUCAAUAAAUAUUCAUUCGUGCUAACGAUUGUUCCCCUCUUGUGUUAUAUUCCUACUCUUCGACAAAGUAUUGCUGCAAUAAGUUGUAAGAAAAACUAAUGAGGGUGCAAGGUUUCGAGAGCAACGAGGGCAGCCAGAUAAAUUUUUCAUUUUUAACAAUUUUUUUAUUUCUAAAUAAAAUAAUAAAUGUUACUUAAAUACUACAGAAUCUGAUGAUAGUGUGAAGUGAAGUGCUACGUUAAUUUAUAUUUUUAAAAAUUUAAAUAUGAGACCUCUGAUGAGGAACUUGUAGUGUGUGUUGUGUCUGUCUUACUAGACUUUUUUCACUAGGACUGUCUUAACUGCUCCUUAUCUACUGGAUUGUCUUGCUGAACGACUGUUUCCACUAAUAAACCUGUCUCUGGACUCUUGUCUCUGGACUCUACUCGUCUUGUUUUCACUGGACUCUGCCGGGCAGUCGCUCGGCCGUUUCUACUAGAAAAUUUUCACUAAUUCGUCUAUCCGCUACACUAAAUAAUUAUUAAAUUUUCAGCAGCAUGUCCAACUCAUCGUGGACUCACUACUUCCAUCAUCAAUGGAUAUAACUCACAGUGUUUAGAUAUUUAUAUAUUUAUUUAUAAAAUAAAUUACAUAAAUAAACUGUGAAGUGAAGUGUAAAUAAAAAGACCGCAAAAUAAAAUUCGAAGAUAAAUUUUAAAAAAUUUUUCAAGUAAAAUAAAUAAAUAUAAAACACGUGGCCAAAAGACAAAAAAUAAAAACAGCACCAAAGGUGCAUUUAAACCGAAGUGCCCGAUAAGGAAGUCAGGGUGGUUCGUGGGGGGUCGGGAGGCGCGGACGCCCUGGCGACUGCCGGGGUGGUGUAUCCGCCCGCGACGGCGAGCCUGUUCCCUGGUCGCGUGCCAGCGGGACAUCAUCACCCCGAGCUCACCGGCACGUUGGAGCUGGGGUUCCCGCCCCGUGGCACCACCGCCUCGAUGGCGCUGGUGGCCCCGCCACCCUCGUGGACCUCGCGGGACCCUGGAUCCACAGGACUCGGUGGUGGCGGAGGUAAUAAUUCUGGUGGUCAACCCGGCGGGCUUCAAGUAUGUCCACCGCCGAUGCCACCAACACACUUGACACCCUCGGCUACACCCGAGGAUAUUACGUGCCUCGUACCCGUCGGUGGUGUAUUGACACCACGAGACCCUUUGCCGCCCAGCACGACACCCGGAAGUCAAGCAAACAGUUCACAGUCCGGAAGUUCACAGACAGACAAAUCUCCUAAUAUUGAGUGUGUCGUUUGUGGCGACAAAAGCAGCGGCAAACAUUAUGGACAGUUUACUUGUGAGGGAUGUAAAAGUUUUUUUAAAAGAAGUGUACGAAGGAAUUUAACGUACUCGUGUCGAGGGAACCGUAAUUGUCCAAUAGAUCAGCAUCAUCGUAAUCAAUGUCAAUUUUGCCGGCUGAAGAAGUGCCUGAAGAUGGGCAUGCGCCGGGAAGGUAUGCAUUCGGUCCAGAGGGGACGAGUACCUCCGUCACAGCCAUCUUUGCCAGGAUUGCCAGGUCAAUUCGGUCUGUCGAACGGAGAUGCAGUGGCCUGUGCCAGCUUAAACGGGCACUCGUAUCUCUCGUCGUACAUCAGCUUACUCCUAAGAGCAGAACCUUAUCCGACGUCGCGAUACGGACAGUGCAUGCAGCCAAACAACAUAAUGGGCAUCGACAAUAUAUGUGAAUUAGCUGCGAGAUUGCUGUUUUCCGCGGUCGAAUGGGCGCGAAAUAUACCAUUUUUUCCUGAUCUACAAGUCACGGAUCAGGUGGCACUUCUCAGGCUAGUGUGGAGUGAACUAUUUGUACUGAAUGCGAGCCAGUGCUCGAUGCCGCUUCAUGUGGCCCCGCUAUUGGCCGCGGCGGGUCUGCACGCGUCCCCCAUGGCCGCGGAUCGUGUCGUCGCGUUCAUGGAUCAUAUUAGGAUUUUUCAAGAGCAGGUGGAGAAACUCAAGGCGCUUCAUGUUGAUUCUGCUGAGUACAGUUGUCUCAAGGCGAUCGUCCUCUUUACGACUGAUGCAUGUGGGCUGUCAGAUGUCGCGCACAUCGAGUCUCUGCAAGAAAAAUCUCAAUGUGCAUUAGAAGAAUACUGCCGGACACAGUAUCCAAAUCAGCCAACCCGGUUCGGAAAACUACUCCUAAGAUUGCCAUCACUGAGAACAGUAUCAUCGCAAGUAAUAGAGCAGCUAUUUUUCGUCCGUCUAGUUGGAAAAACCCCAAUCGAGACAUUAAUACGCGACAUGUUGCUCAGUGGCAGCAGUUUCAAUUGGCCAUACAUGUCCACAAUGUGACACUCUGUAUGGCGGCAGCUAGCUUCCGCAUAACAAUAAUCAUACUAAAAAUUACCACUGGCUAUUAAUUCUAUUAAAAAAAAUUAUUCGAGGCCAUCACUUGUGUCAGUGGUACGGAAAAAUCAGUUAAAGUAACAAAUAACUUAAAUUCUUCGACAAUAUAUAUGUGAAAUUGGAAUGAGAGACGCAUGCUGAUAAAACUUUAUCACGGACAAUAUUUUUUUUCAUCAUCUCUACUCUCCGAUGUGUGCCGACUUGACAUUAAAUCUCGGUAAGUCAUGGGGUCGUGUGACAAUCGUCUGCCUACACAGUAGUAACUAACGUAUACGAAAAUAACUACGCUACAGCUUAAACUGUAAAUUACGACAAGUAUUAGUUUUUUAGUGUGUAUAGGACGAGUGUUUAAAAUUUGAAUUUGUUUAAAAGUCACGGCGUCUACUAAAUGUAUAUUUAAUGUAAUGUUUUUAUGAGGAAAAUAAAUAAAUAAAUAAUUAAAUUAAAGGUCGAAUGUAUGGCCAUCAUUGGCAUUAUAAAUAAAUAAACAUCCAAGACUUAUAUCGGCAACGAUACUCAAGUUAAACUUAAAUGUAAUCGAUGUCCUGGUUAGAAUAAUAGUUUGUAUACCAUUAAUAUUGUUGAAGAUUUAUGAAUUGUAAUUAGUUAGGAAGCUAGUUUUUUUUUUUUUAAUUUUACUGUAAAAAAUGUCAAUUUUAAAACUCGUGAAUUUUUUUUGGCAAUUUAAUUAAUUAGGGGAGGGGGUAAUUACGAUUACCUAAAGCUGGUAUUUAAUUAAUUGAUUAUUUAUUUAAUGAUAAUUAUAAAAAUUAUUGAUUAGAAAAUUAAAUUGAUCAAGAAAUAUUAGGAAAUUAAUAAUAAAAUAAUUAUAAAAAGUAUGAGUAUGCAACAGACAAAUUUAAAAUUAUAAAUAAAUAGAGUAAAUAAUUUUUAAAAAAAUAUUUUUAAAAAAUGCACUUAUUAAUUUAAAAAUUUUCUAAAUGCGCAUUUUUUUAAAAUUUUAUUUUAUUAAUUAUUUACUUUAUUAACCAGUGGUCGAGUGGACACUCUUGUCUUCGAACUCAAGUACUAGCCGGGCUUGGGUUCGAAUCCCACAGAGAGCAAAUCAAUUAUUUUUCACAAGUUGAUACAAUGCAUUGAUCUUUGAGGUUCGUUCCAUACAGCCAGACUGCCACCUGUCUGCAAUCUUGCCUACUAAAAAUACUCCGUGAUUGCAAAAAAAAUAUGGAAAAAAAAUGGGAAUAGAUAACUCAUAGUUAAGGUAUAUGGAAUAGAAAAAAAAGAUGGCCAAGAAACAUAGUCCGAAAAGUUUAGAGCUGUUAGAAAUAUAUGGAAUUUAUUUACCCAAGAAAAUAGGGUCUUGCGUGUAACAUAACCUAAAGACUAUGAACUGUGAAUAUGUAAAGAAGAAUUGUAGAAAAUGGAGGUUAUACAGUUAAGAUUGGAAUAAUUAAAUUUUUGAAAUUUUUUUUAUUUACUCUAUUUAUUUAUAAUUUUAAAUCUGUCUUACUACAUUCGCACUCAUUAAAAAUUUAAUUAAUCUGUACACAGAGAUAAAAAUACUAAAAUUAAAAUUGUGUAACAAAGUUAAUAUAGAGAUGAGUAAUAAAAUUUGAUUAAAUUUAAAAAUUAUUUUAAAAUAAAAAUGUUGUUUUUUUUUUUGUUAGAAAUAAACUGUGAUCAAUAUUUAUAUUGAAAAUUUAUGUAUAAUGACAAUUAUAUUAAAUUUAAAAUUAAUAAAUUUCGUCGACUUUUUUUCUAAACCAUAAGCAAAAAAUUAUAAAAUCCAAAUAAUACAAAUUUUUUUUUCUUAUGGUUCAGUAAUUUUAACUACUAUGUUUGAAAUUACCCCUACUCUCCUCUAAUUAGUUGUUAAUUUUUUAUUUAAAAUUAAAAAUUCUAGCUUCCAACUAAAUAAAAAUUUUAGGGCAAAAUGUGUGAUUUAUAAUAAAAAUAUUAAAUGCGGAGUAAACAGUGUAUGAUAUUGUAAAGUAAAUGUGGCAAUGUUACAAGUUAAUUACUUAUUAAUUUUAGUCAACAAUUGUUAGGCGUUAGAUAUGAAUUAUUUUUUAUGUUAUUAUUAUUAUUACAAUUAUUAUUAUUAAUAUUAUUAUAUUAUUAUUAUUAUUAUUAAUUAAUUGAUUAAUAAAAAAUAAAUAAAAUAUAUUGUUUUUCUUUUUACAUAAAUAAAUAAAAAAAAAAAAAAAUAAAAUAAAAACGCAACAGACAUGACACUGAAAUUUAAAAAUAUAAUAAUUCGGACUAGUGAUCAUGUGACGCGUCAGUGCCGAGGGAUCGCGGAUCGCGCCCAUGUGAGUGUAAAUUUUUAAAAUAAAAUACUAAAAAAAAUUAAUUAAUUAAUUAAUAAAUAAUUAAUCAAUUUGUUAUUGUAUUCCAUGGAUUUUGUUCGCGUCCACCUCAUGCCUGGAACGCAUUUGCUCACAUUGAAUUACAUGAUAACAAUUGAUAUAAAUUAAUUUUAAAUAAAAAUAUUUAAAAUAACAUGAAUUUAACACACAUGUUAAUGUAUUAUAAUUCCGUCGGUUAUCCUUUCCUUAAGGGGCGAAGCUGGUCUUGCACAAAAAAAAGACCAUGUUUUUGUGAUUUUUUUUCAGAGUACCUUCUUUAUUAAAAUUCUUAAAAUUUGUGACAUUAUUAAGCAUCACUUCAAGAAUAUUCUGCUAAAUUUUAAAAAAAAAAUAUUGAAAAAUAAGCCAGUGGUAUUGGGGAGAGACUACUCACCUAAAAAAAAAAUCUCCAUGUCGUAGGCAGGAUAACUCAUGACUGCCUCAUCUGAAAUCAAAAAACCAAAAAGAUUUCUUUAGUACAUAAGUUUAUCUUAGAUUUGAACGAGGAUUUUUUUGUUCAAUAACUACUUAUUUUUUAAUUAAACAAAAGGAGCGAUUUUUGGGAAAAAUCAGAAUUUUUUGAUUGCGCCUCUACCAAAAAUUCAAAAAUGGAUAUUUUGUUUAUUCCUUCAUUCAAAUCCAUCAAACUUAUGUCCUAGAGAAAUCUUUUUGGUUUUUUGAUUUCAGAUAAAGCAGUCAUGAGUUAUCUUACCUACGGCAUGGAGACUUUUUUUGUGACUCGUCUCUCCCCACUACCACUGGCUUAUUUUUCAAUAUUUUUUAAUGAAAAUUUAGCAGAAUAUUCUUGGAGUCAUGCUUAAUAAUAUCACAAAUUUUGAGAAUUUUAAAAAAGAACAUACUCUGAAAAAAAAAAUCACAUACUUUUUUUUUGUAUCAGACCAGCUUUCCCCCCUUAAUCCCGAGUCCUCUUUUGUAUACGCAUGUAUGAUACAUUUAACGUGUAUAAAGACGUCAAAUAAAUAAGAAAAAAAAUAAAAAAUAAAAAAAAAAUUUUGUAAUUACUGUAAAUAAUUAAUAAUAAAUAAAAUAUAUAUGCAUGUAUAAAUAAAUAAAAAAUUAUACGUAUAUCGAU